AUGGCCGAGCCCUCCCUCGUGGGGGCCAUCAGCGAAGGGAGGAGGGUCCCCGCGGUCACCGUGUUCGGGUGGGAUGACGUCUUGUGCCCGACGACCCAUGCCAAGCUGGAGCGAAACAGUCGUGCUGAGAGCAAGCAGGAGCGAAUACAGCUCCUCAACGUGGGACAAAGCGUAGUCCGGCUCGUGAGGGCGGCGCAGAGGCACGGUCCGGUCGUGAUCGUCACGGACUCCCACGAGGGUUGGGUGCGCGGCACCGCGGAGCUCCUCCUCCCGGGGGGCGCGGCGGCGGCGUGCCUCGAGAACGUGGAGGUCGUGAGCAGCAGGGACCGUUUCGCCAAGGACUUCCCGGACCAGCCGGCCUGCUGGCAGAUCGCCGCCUUCUCAUACGUGACGAACCGGCAUCUGUUGUCCCGCGGCGCCACCGAUCGGUUCAGGGAGCACCACCCAAACGUGGUGGCCAAGACGGUCUCCCUGAUGGAGGGCCCCACGCCGCUGGAGCUGAAGAACCAGCUCGAUCUCCUCGCGGACAAGUUCAGGCUUAUGUUCGGACACGCCUCGUCGUCGCUGGAAAGGCCGGACAGCGCGCCGGCGCCAGCAGCGGCGGCGUCGACGCGGGCACCGGUGUCCUCGCCGAAGGUGCGACGGAGGGAGGGAGGCGGCGGCGCACUCUCUGACGAUGGUGACGACGACGACUUGACCAGCGAAGACGACGACGAGGACGACGGCAGCCUGCUACUGCGAGGCGACGCGGUCAAGCCCGGGAGGCUAAAUACCGGCACUCUGGAUCAGGGCCGGCACCUCUCCCGCUGGGGCUACGGCGACGGCGACAGCGACGACUACAUGACGCCGCCGUGCUCGGCGUCCACCGUGAGCAGCAACGGCAGCCUCGCCGGCAGCGAGAGCGGGGGGGGCUCGGUGUUGCCCGGCUGGGCCUCCUCCGCUUCCGGCUCCGGGCCGAUCCCCUCGCCGCCAGGCCCCCUCCCUGCCGCUUCUUGUGCCGAAGGGCCGCAAUCGUGA